AUGGCGGGGAAGGGAAAAUCCGCAAUUGCUCAUACGAUAGCCACUUGGUCCCAUGCGCAUGGCGAAUUGGGCUCUCGUUACUGCUUCGAUCGAACACGACAAGCAGAUCGUCGACACGAAAAGAUAUGGUCUACGAUCGCGCGAGACUUGGCCGACCACGACCCCUUUAUCCGCCGUGAGCUUGCGCGUAUUGUGCUUCACGACACCAGUGAACUCAGGCAUACGGAGGCUGUCAGUCGACAAUGGGAACGGCUGCUUACUGUCCUGAACAAUGUGGCAUCGAUGGACAAGCCGGGACCCGUUCUAAUUAUUAUUGACGCACUGGACGAGAGCGGUGAGUGUGAAACCCGUGAACUAAUCUUGGACCUACUUUCUGGCAAGCGAGACGGAGCCUCACUUCGAACAACAAAGCUUCCCCCAAACAUCCGCAUCUUGAUCACCUCCCGCCCGCUGUCGGAUAUCCAUGACGCUUUGCACGAUUUACCACGCGUUCAACACGUAUCUUGGGACGACGAUGCAUUCCUGGAAUCUACGCAGCGUGACAUCAAGACGUACAUUAACGGCAAGCUGGGCCAUCAAGAUGCUUUCGGAGAUAGCGAUGUCACAGAGCUUGCGCGCAAGUCGGGUGGUCACUUUGAUAUCAGCUGA